AUGGCCAAGAAAAUUCUGUCUGACAUCCACCACCAUGAGUCUAACUUGGCUUACCGCCAGUAUGCCCAGCUGCCUGAAACCCUCCACCUCAACUACCAGCCUCCUACUGCUACUGCAACCCCCGCCGCACACACCAGCCCGAUCCCAGAGGCAAUCAACCCCGACGAUUACUCGCAGGCUUACUGCGAUUUUAUGACUGAGCAUCCCACCAUUUUUCACGCAGUCGAUGGCUUCUCUAAGCAACUCGAAAGCAAGGGAUACAAGUACCUAUCCGAGCGGGAAUUAUGGACGCCGCAGCUCAAACGCGGAGGAAAGUACUAUACGACUCGCAAUGGAAGCUCGUUGAUUGCGUUCUCUGUCGGCCCCGAGUAUAAGAGUGGGAAUGGCCUCGCUAUCAUCGCCGGCCACAUUGAUGCCCUCACGGCGAAGCUCAAGCCCGUCUCAAAACUUCCCAAUAAAGCUGGAUACAUUCAGAUGGGAGUUGCUCCUUAUGCCGGCGGUCUGGGCAAGACAUGGUGGGACCGUGAUUUGUCUAUCGGCGGGAAGGUUCUCGUUCGUAACGCUAGCACCGGCAAGGUUGAAUCCAAGCUAGUCAAGUUGAACUGGCCGAUUGCUCGCAUCCCAACGCUAGCCGAACACUUUGGCGCUCCUUCGCAGGGGCCAUUCAACAAGGAAACACAGAUGGUACCUAUCAUUGGAGUCGACAACUCUGAUCUUUUCCAGUCUACCACUCCAGCGGCAGACGAGGGCAUCGAACCCGGCACCUUUGCCUCUACGCAGCCCCCAAAACUCAUCAAAGUGAUCUCCAAGGAACUUGGAAUCACAAACUACAGCAGCAUUCUCAGCUGGGAGCUAGAACUUUAUGACAGCCAGCCUGCACGUAUCGGCGGUAUUGACAAGGAUUUUAUCUUCGCCGGCCGCAUCGAUGACAAGCUCUGCUGCUACGCCGCACAGGAAGCCCUCAUGGCUACCUCCGACCACACCUCUCCCUCUUCCAUCAAGAUGGUCGGUUACUUUGAUGAUGAGGAAAUUGGUAGCUUGCUCCGUCAGGGUGCCCGCUCCAACUUCAUGUCUAGCGUCAUCGAACGCAUUGCACAAUCCUUUGCAACAUCAUAUGGACCCGAUCUCCUUGCCCAAACCGUUGCAAAGAGCUUCCUUAUCUCUUCUGAUGUCAUCCACGCUGUCAAUCCCAACUUCUUGAAUGUCUAUCUCGAGAACCACGCGCCUCGUCUCAAUGUCGGCGUCUCCGUCUCCGCAGACUCAAACGGCCACAUGACUACCGACAGUGUCAGCUACGGCUUCAUCAAGCGCGUUGCUGAAAAGUGCGGCUCUCAGCUGCAGGUCUUUCAAAUCCGAAAUGACUCCCGAAGCGGCGGAACCAUUGGGCCCAUGACCAGCUCGCGGAUUGGAAUGAGGGCCAUUGAUGUCGGUAUCCCACAGUUGAGCAUGCAUAGCAUUCGCGCCACCACAGGGAGUCGCGAUCCUGGGCUGGGUGUCAAGCUGUUUAAGGGGUUCUUUGAUUACUUUGAAGAGGUGGAUCGUGAGUUUUCUGAUUUUUAGGUUGUGACUCUUGUUUUCUGUCGAGGGGUGCUGUCGCGCUGCUUGGCCGUGUCUAGUUUGGUUUGCAUGAUUUUGGUGCUAGGGUUGAAGUGCUUGGGCAUUAAGAACCUCAUUUAGAAUGGUGACUUCUUUGUAUACGGGGUUCGGAGUCCGUCUAUAGAGGCAUGUGUAAGGAUAAAAAUCGAAUCCUACAUAAUUCCAGGCUAUGCACUUGAACAGACAACAUCUA